AGCCCUGGCUCAAGCUAGCCCAGGCCUGCGCGCCCCAGGGGGCAGGGCGGCGCCCGUCGGCGUCCCCUCCGAGGCGCCCCUAAACCAUGGCCGAGGCGGCGUCGGCGAGCGCGCCAGUCCGCCGGGCCGCGCCCAGCCUCUCCGCCCCCGGGACCCUCGAGACGCGUCGGCGCCAGGCCGAGCGCACCGAGAGCAAGGCGGCCGUGGGCACGGCGGCGGCGAAUCCGCGCUGGGCAGCCGCCUUCGAGAUGGCCGGCGGCGAGACCAGCGACGCGCCGGACGCGAAGAAGGCAGACCGCGAGGCCAUGAUGUCCGCCAUGAAGCGGAUCCUGGGCGACGAUCUCCCGGAGCGGCGGCUGAACGCCGCGCUGAAGCGGUGCGGCCACACCGUCAGCUUCGCCCAGUUCUGCGAGAUCACCGCGGACAUCCAGACGUUCAUGGCCGCGGGCAGGGAGAGUGGCAUGGACAUGGCCGAGGCCGAGGAGGUCGAGAGGCGGACCGAGUCGAAGCUCAAGAUGCAGCAGGAGCCCGACGUGUUCGAGAUCCUCGGGAUUGCGAAGUCGAAGGACAUCGCCGAGAUGCAGAGCCGCAAGGACCAGGCGCUGAAGAACGUCGCAGCGGAAACGUUCAAGGCCAGUGGAAUGGCGGUGCUCGCGUCCAGGAAGUUCGUCCGCGGCGUGGGCGCUCGGAGGGACGCGAGAUCGAUCACGCUCGAGGGCGGCGCCGAGGGCAAGGACUCCGCCGCCCAGGGCUCGGGGCGCCGCUUCGAGGUGGUGCCGGGCCCAGGUGCGAAGCGCACGCUCACCGUGAAGGCCGCCGUCGGGCUCCCCAGGGACCUGCCGCAGAUGCAGGUGCGCAGCACGGGCGCGGCCUGCUUUGUGCUCCGCUUCUCGCCGGACGGCUCGCAGAUUGCAGGCGGCUUCUACGACGGCGGGCUCCGCAUCUACGACGUGGACACGGCCUCCAUGGAGCACUGCCUGAACCUUCCGAAGUUCAUGGGCGGCACCUACACGCAGCUGGCGGCGAUGGCGGGGCCUCCGGACCUCGCCCAGGUGGCGCUCGAGCGGAAGGACAGUCCACGCGAGGGGGAAGGAUCCCAGGUGCGUGGCGCGGCUGAACGCGAACAAGGGGUCGCUCUAUGCCUGCGCCUUCACCGAGAGCGGCAGCAAGCUGGUCGUCGGCGGCGCCGAGCGGGUGCUGAAGGUCUACGACGUGCAGACGCUCAUCGAGUGGGCAGACUUGCCUGGAAAGGGGCACGAUUCGCUCUGCCCCUGCGUGACCAUCGGCAGCCAGGACGGUCUCGACGCCAACAAGAUCACCUCGCACACCGCCAGGGUCAUGGCCAUCUGCCCGCACCCGAAGCAGGAGCACGUGCUGUUCUCGGCUGGCCUGGACAAGAAGAUCCUCAUGUGGGACACGAGGGUCAGCGGCGCACCCGUGGGCAUCAUCUCGGGCCCCGAGCUCAGCGGGGACGCCCUGGACGUGUCCAGGGACGGGCUCAAGCUGCUGGUCGGGAGCCACCGGACCAAGACUCCCUUGGAGGUGUACGACCUGAACAGGAGCGUCUUCGAGUCCCUCCCGAAGGUGGUGGACUCCUCGCACCCCUUGGACAUGACGGCCAAGCCGCAGCCAUCGCCGAGGGACGCGACGGCGAGGAUCCACCGCUACUCGUGGCGCGCGAACGAGGCGCCUUUGCAGGGCCCGGGCCGCGCAUCCGCGGGUUGUCUCGUCUUCUCGGCGGCUUGGGACGGCGACUGCAGGACGAUAGUCGCCGCGGGCGAGAACGACAACCUGGCGCGGGUGUACACUAGGGAAGGCGACGACGAGAUCACGGUGCUCGAGGUCGUAGGGACCUGCCUUGGAGAGGACCACGCCUUCUGGUCGGCGGCGGUCACGGCGGAUGGGCGCAGCUGCGCGUUCGGCGCGGCGGACGGCACCGUCGUGAUUUGCCAGGUGCGGUGAGAUCUGAGGGCCUCGCCCGUUGAUCCUUAUACGUAGUGGUGCGUGCGUUAAACGCACGUACGCGUUCCAUGCUUAAAGCGAGCAUGGAAUUCGGUUCCCCCUCGUCGUCGUCGUCGCCGUCGUCCUUUUUCUCUUCCUCGCUCCUCCUUGUAUUUCUCCUCCCCUAGUCGUUCUCCUGAGCGUUUCCGCAACCUCCGUAGGUGAACUGUCUUGCGGUUGUUUGUACUUGUAGUUCUGAUUGUGUCACCAUCUAUCUCGAUUAAUAAAUGCGCUUCGCCUCACGUUUAAAUGGCAUCUGGUAGGAUUGCGCAUUUUAGAUCUUGAUAUCGACGGUCUCGAGAGACACAUUUUCAGGGUGCGUACAUGUAGGGAUCGGGGAAAAAAACAAAACAAACAAAAAGAAACUCCAC